AUAGUGGGUAUAAUUGCAAAAUAGCUAAUCACUGAUUAUGUUGAGUUUAUUAAGUGGGGUAACGAGGAAUUUAUAUUACUAGCUGCACUACCCAAAUCUUUAUCUCUGAAUGUACUUUGUAAAUAUGUGAUGUACUGAUGUAAAUACAAAUAAAGAUUUUUAAUCAUAAUAAACUGAUAGUAACAUUAGAACUAGCCUUAAAAGGUUGGAAACAGCACAAAUCAUAUACAUACAUUGUGUACCUACAUAUCGAACUGACAAUGGCAUCUUCCGACCUUCGUAAAACUAUUGAUCAGUGGUUAGAAUGGGACCAAUGCCGGAAAACCCGAGCUGAAAUUGAGGCUCUUGACCAGGCUGGUGACUGGAAAAAAUUAAAUGAGCUGUUACUUACGCGGCUUGCAUUCGGUACUGCGGGUCUACGUGGUAAAAUGAGAGCUGGUUUUAAUGGCAUGAAUGAUCUUGUCAUAGCACAAACAGCUCAAGGUCUAUCUACUUAUAUGGCGGAACAAUUUAGUGAUAACGACCGCAAAAUAGGCGGAAUUGUUUUUGGCUAUGAUGGACGUCAUAAUAGCAAACGAUUUGCCGAGCUAUCCGCAAACAUUUUUAUACGCGCCGGCUUUAAAGUUUAUCUCUAUAGGCGUCUGGUAGCCACACCUUUAGUACCAUAUACAAUACGUCAUUUCAACUGUUUAGGUGGCGUAAUGGUGACUGCUUCUCAUAAUCCAAAAGAUGAUAAUGGCUACAAAGUAUACUGGAAUAACGGAGCCCAAAUCAUUACUCCACACGACAAGAAUAUACAGAAAACUAUACUUAGUAAUCUUGUACCAAGGGAAGGUACUUGGGAUACAGCCAAUCUGUACGAGCAUGAAUUACUUAUGGACCCAAAAGAGGCUAUUGUUGAUUAUGUCUAUAAAUUACGUGCCACUGUACCACAAGCGGUAAUUGAUGUAAACAGUCAAAGCAAUUUGCGUUUAGUUUACAGCGCAAUGCACGGCGUAGGCUAUCCUUUCAUAAAUGACACCUUCGCUGCGAUUAAAUUGAAACCCGUUAUUGCUGUAGAAGAACAAAGGGAUGCUGAUCCAGAGUUUCCAACUGUAGUAUUUCCAAAUCCAGAAGAAGGGAAAAGCGCUCUAGAAUUGUCGAUAAAGAAAGCUGACAGCACUGGUUGCACGAUCAUACUCGCUAAUGAUCCAGACGCUGAUCGUUUGGCUCUGGCUACCAAAAAUACAAACACCGGUAAAUGGAAGGUUUAUAGUGGCAAUGAAAUCGGUGCAUUACUAGGUUGGUGGGCAAUUCAUCUCUAUCAGCAAUCAAAUUCAGAGGCUAGUCUCUCCAACUGCUACAUGCUUGCAAGCACUGUUAGCUCUAAAAUACUGAAAGCAUUUGCACAAAAGCAUGGUUUUCAUUUCAUUGAGACUUUAACUGGUUUUAAAUGGAUGGGUAAUGAAUCUGAUGAAUUGAUGAAAAAUGGCAAGACCGUAUUAUUUGCUUUCGAAGAGGCAAUAGGAUUUAUGUUUUCUACAAAUGUCUUGGACAAGGAUGGUGUAAGCGCAGCAUGUCACCUGGCCUCAAUGGCCUGCUACCUAGAAGCGAAAGAGAAGAUUACAUUUGAUGAAAAAUUGGAAAAUAUAUACAAAGAAUAUGGAUUCCAUUAUAAUAUUUCAUCUUACUAUUUUUGUUAUGAACCACCAGUAAUUAAAAAGAUUUUCGAACAUUUGCGUAAUUUCAAAGGCGAACCAAAAACUUAUCCGUUUUCAAUACUUGACGGAAAGUAUAAGAUUAAGCAUAUACGCGAUUUAACUAACGGCGUUGAUACCUCACAACCUAAUGGUAAGGCCAUUUUGCCGGUUAGUGCGAGCAGCCAAAUGAUUACUUUCACCUUCGAGAAUGGAUUGGUGAUAACAUUGCGUACCAGCGGUACGGAACCGAAAAUUAAAUACUAUGCCGAAAUGUGUGCACAACCAGAUCAAAGGGAUUUUGAUGUGCUAAUAAAUACCACAAAUGAGAUGGUUUCAGCAAUUGUACAAGAAUUUUUGCAACCAAAUGAUAAUAACCUAACACCAAAAGCUGAUUAAACGCUUGUGGGAAGGAAAUGAAAGCUCAACUAAUACAUCUUGAAAGUAUUGAUACUUACAUUUACACUCAAGCCCAUAGAUAUUGCUUAAUGGGCGCGCAAAACCAAAUGGCUGUUCGGACUUUCUCCGUUUUCACUUCAUCAAUUGUGUUAUUAUGAAACGUUAAAACAUUCCGAAUAGGCAGACAAAUUAAAUACAUGUCGUUACCUUAAUAUAGAAAGACCCUAUCUCACGUAGUCGUUGAUUGACUAUGAUGCAUUUCAUCGUUUUAUGCAAUACAAA